AUGGAUGAUGGUAAUGGGUUUAUAAGAUGCGGGCUUGCUUGUCACAUGACAGUUUGUGAACUAAUGGGACAACCACCAAAGAAGAAGUUAACUAAGAAAGAAAAGGCUCGUUUAGAGGCCGAACAGGCUGAAUUAUUGCGCAUAGAAAUGGAACGAGAAAAAUUGAAAAAGGUGGAAGAGGCUCGUCAUAAGCGGAAAGUUGAACGUGAACAAGCUAAACGGCGCCUGCAAUUGGAAAUACAGGAAAAUAGGGAAAGACGGACACAGCUUAAGGAAAGUAUUGCAUUUUUUGAGCAAAUUCAACAAACAAUCGAUGCCAUUAGAUCGGUGGACAAUGAACAAAACGAUUGGGAGAAGUAUAUGCGUUGCAAUGGAUUACCGAACACAAAUUGUCCCGGUGACUUGCGUAAGUACAUACAUCAAUGGCAAAGUGAUAUUGAAAAAAGAAAGCGUGAAGCACGUAAUUGGCUCUUGCGGACCGACGAAAGAUCCCUAUUAACCCAAGACAUUGGCGCUGCAGACUUGACUAAAGCCACGCUCCGGAAACAGCAAGGAAAUGCAGGCGAUAUUUAUGCCGCCAGAACCAAAGAAGUAUUAGGGAUUUUAAAGGAACUUGAUGACUCUCUAAAGGAUAAAAAGAAACCCUCUUACAUUUAUAAUGAUUUGGAGAAAUUGAAAACUGAAAUACGGGUAUUCCUUAAAGAUUACUUAGAUGAUUUCACCUACAAGAUUAUGUCGCAUAUAGAACGUGAUAUGGAACUUGAUCGCCUGGCAGUGUCCAAACAUGUUUAUACAUCAGAGGUUUUUAAAAAUUUCCUUUGGACCUUUUCCAAAGAUGCUCAAAUUUCGUUGAAUUCAAAGUCACGCAUAGGUGAUCAAAAUCAACACAAUGAAAUUGAUUUUCCAAUAAUGGAAAUGCAAUUAUCUUUGCCUCCAACGGUGUCACUCUACGAUUCAGCUCUGAGAGGAUUAUGGUUAAACUAUGAUCAUCUUAGCGAUUAUUGUCCAAGUUUUACUCUAAAGAAACCAAGGCCUGAUAACAUAAAUAUAUUAACUCAAACCAAAAGAGAAUGGCGCAAACGUAAAGAGAUUUUGCAAGAAAUGUUAGCCGAAUUUGAUAAAGAAGUGCCUCUCUCCGAAUUGGAGCAAUAUGAAGUAGAAAAAAAUAUAUUAGAAAAAGAGAAACGCAAAGAUGUUGACAAAUUGUAUUUGGAAUACGAAGAUGAAAUAAAUAAGCUUCGAAGAAGAGCAAUAGGUCCAGAAGCCUACAAUCUACUCGAUACCGAUGUGAAUUUAAGAAAGUAUCGUAUUAUUGGUGGCGUAUAUUGUCUCGAUUAUUUAGAGACACCACGACAGGAUAAACAAUUAAAUGCACGUUCAUUUAUAAGGAUAAUUGUAACACCUAAUAAACUGAGUCAUAAGAUUUAUUAUCAAACCUAUAAGCCACCACCCGCACCUCAACCCGGUGUAAGGCGCCUUCCCGAAGAAAUUGAAACUGAAAUGCGUAUGAUUGAGAAAGCCUUAGAUAAGUUAGCUUUAGUUACCGUACAAUUACCCGAAAGUGUUAUUUGGUUUGAACCGCCAAUUGUCUGUCGCUGGGAGACGCGUUUGGAAACUUUAGAAUCUGAUUUAACAGAGGGCAUUAAAAAGGCAACCUCUCACACUUCAAGCGGCAGCCAAGACGGGUGCACACCUCUAUCAUCGACUACCACAAAUCCUAGUCCUUUGAAAAGUCUCUCACCUCGUUUGCCGACCUCUAAGUUACAUAAACGAAGCUCGCAAAAAUCUUCACGAUUGCCUACGAAAGAAGUUAGGGAUUUCGACUUACACAACAUACCCGAAAAUAUUGAUAUGUUAAGUUUAUUGCAUGACUUUGUUAUACCAAGACUACCAUCAGGUUUCACAAUACGCUUAGACAAGAGAGUUAAAGGACAAGAGCAUAAACAAAAAUAUAUUUUUAAGCGUAAAAAACUGAAAAAAGCUAAACUACCACCGAGACUAUUGUUUCUAGCAAGACUUGACGAAACCAACAAUGCAACGUUUUUGCCAUCAGUAGACAAUAAGACAAUGGUCGAUGAUAUAACCGUCAGUCAGCAACAAUUGCAUAUAACACGUAUAACAAAGAAUUUUCUUGAUUUAGAUGAGCCUCGAGAGUUUUUUGUUCAACCACAUAUCAGAAAAGUAUUAAAAAUACAACAACAAACACUGUCAUUGUCAUUACCAACAACAUCACAACGGCAAUUGCUGCCCGAGGUAUCAACAAGGAAAGCACGAGAUCAAGCAAAUAAAUUGCUUUCAAAUACAAUGGAUUUGAGGAAAGAGCCUUUAAACAAGCUGACUAAGUUCAAUAAUGGCGGAUUACAAUGCGAUGAUAGCAUAACUGGUCUUAUGGGCAAUGGUAACAAAGGACAUGAACAAAACGAUUCAAGACAUUCGGUAUUACCAAGACAAGAUGCAGGAUUAGCCAAAGAGUAUAUGUUCUCGCAGUUGAUUGAGGACUUGGAUCGUUUAUGUGAAUUGCAAAUGCCGCUACAAGGGGAAUUGUUGCAAGAAAUUUCAGCAAAUCUAAUGGAAAAUAAUUUUCGUUGUUUGCACGACGCGAACGAAGUUGAAGAGAAAAUUGAAAAUAACGGUAAACGUACUGAACCAACAACUAUGGUAGAGGCAUUAAAAUCCGAACAAGACUUUGAAUUGACGGAUCAGCUGGAGCAGCAACAGCAACAGCCAUCACCAACAUUUGCCCAUUAUUCAAAUAUAGCUUUAAUACGUGAGACAGACCUAAGCGAGGGUAACAAUACAUAUGAAAGGGAAAACGAACAAAAAGAGAAUGUGUUAGAAUAUGCUGAUAGUAGUAGUACAGAUGAUGACGAAGACGAUUACGACGGCGAGGAAUGGUACUAUAAUGCCCUAGUAGAUAACGAAGCCAAAGCAGAGGAAGAAAAUUUUACACAACGCAGCUUAGAAGGUGUUGCUGAAGGCAGUGGGCCAGCAAGUGUUUAUGAUUAUUUAAGCAAACACAGUCAAAGCGAUAGUGAUAGUACAAGCGCUACUAUAGACGGCAAAAAAUUCAAAUUAACGAGUCCGGCCACCUUCACUCAUGGCAAAUGGAGUAUACGUGAUGUACAUGAUACAAAAUUCAAUGAGGACAAACUGUCAAUACAAUUUCGUACUGGACGUCUAGGAACGUUCGGUUUUGCCUUAAAUCGUUACAGCAAUAUGCCAUAUCAGACAUGGGAAUUGAAACCGGAUUUCAAAAAUUUUGAUACCAUACUGUUCAGUUUUACUGCGUCACUAGUGAGCGUGGAUAUGACGAUUACAGAGGACGGUUAUAGCGUUAACAAUUUUCAAGGUGGCUCAACUGAAAGUAUUAGCGAAAUGGUGGGGAAAACAUUACCAUUGGACGUAAUAAAGCAAAUUUUAAUACAAUCCGGUGUUGAUAUAUUUCCUGAGGAGGACACAUUCUGCUAUACGGAAGGAUCAUGCGAAAAGAAUUACAUAAUGGAGAUGCAUUUAUAUGCGUGUAUGUCAACAUUAGCAUUAUCACAUAAUUUCAGUUGGUCGCGUUGGAAUCUCUUGGCCGGCAGUCGUACAGCUGUCUUGUUAAUGCGUGAACUAAUCGAGGGCAAAAAGAUGCCAAAUCAUUCAACUCUCCUGGUGACGCCUUUGAAAACGGCAAUCAUUGAUUGCACUGAAGUAUCAGCGAGUUUUAAUUCAUUGGGCAUACCUGGCAUGGAAUAUUAUGCUGAUUUAUAUCAAUUAGCUAAAGUGCAUGCUCAUCCAUCCAGUUGGGAAAAACAACACCGAAUGAAUCCUGUCUUACGCGAUAAUGUAACGACGCUAUUAAUGGCUAUAAGGCCUUUAAGUUUUUGUUGA